AUGCCUUCAAAUACUAUAAAAUAUCCGAAAGGAUGUAAGCCAGUCAGUGCGGAUACUAAAAAUACAGAAUUGUUGAAGCGCCUGAAGGUUUUGUCCGAAAUGUUGAAAGGUGAGGCCACAAAUGAGGAAGCCGAUGCUCCGAAUCGCUACAAAGAUUUGAUGCUUCAUUUAACUGAUUCACAAUUUUUGAGCAAUAAAAACGGUGAUGUGCAGUUGUUGUUAGCAUGCUGUAUCGCAGAUCUUUUUCGGAUUUUUGCGCCGAACUCACCAGUUGAAAAUCAAUCUCUGCUUAAGAAUGUGCUACUAUUCCUGACAACAGUGAUUGGAAAUGUUCCAGAUAAGGGAAGUUCGACACAUCAGUUUUAUUUGUAUCUUCUUGAGAAUAUUUCGGUGGUAGAAACAAUGCAGCUAGCUCUAGAACUGGGAGAUGAUGCUCAUGUGAUUCUGCGGCAAUUGAUCAAACAAUUUUUUAAUAAUAUUAACAAGCAAAAUGCUGAUGAACAUGUUCAAAGGAUGCUUAUGGCAGUGUGCUCUAAAUUGAUCCAAGGAGUUGAUCAGAUUUCAAAUAUUGUUCUGGAUGCAAUUUUCUUCUUCCUUGUGCAGCCGCAAAAAAUAAAUAAUCAUGAAGCUUAUCUUAUGGCACGUGAUUUGAUCCGAACAAAUCAAACAACACUGGAACCAUAUGUUGCUUUACUAUUAAAACGUGGACUGGAAACAGGUAUUUUGGAUGAAUGCGAAUUAAUUUCUCCAAAAAAAUUAUAUGAUUUGAUUUGCGAACUUCAUAAAUUUGCUCCAGAAUUGAUUUCCUCCGUACUUCCAAUAUUAGUCAAUCAGAUGCAUAAUGAAGAUAUUAAUGUACGUCGUGAAGCCGUUCGUCUGUUUGGAAAUCUUUUUGGUGAUCAGAAUUCUCAUAUGGCUGAAGAUGAACCUGAAGUUUGGAGCGAAUAUAUGAAACGCUUCGCUGAUGUGAAUGAGGAAAUCCGUCGUAUAUGUACCAGAAAUGCUGAAGAUAUUCUCGUGUUCCAUCCAGAAUUGAGGGGACAAGUGACAGAUGCUGUUAUUUCGCGUUGUCAAGAUCUGGAUGAGAGCGUUCGUUUGGAAGUCCUUACGAUGGUACAAGGAUUGGCAAGACGGAAAUUUGAAGCCUUAAGUGAAAGGCUUCUCACAUAUGUCAUCGACAGAAUUCGAGAUAAAAAGGUCAAGGUUCGGCAUGCGGUGAUUCGUGGACUUUCCCAUCUUCAUCGUACAAUUUUUAGUAACGAUGAACUAACAAAUUUGGAACGUUCCUCUGUUUCUAACAUAUUUUCUGCUAUCAUGAAUCAUUAUUACCAACCAAUUUCCGAAGAUAGAUUAUUAAUAGAGAAAAUAUUUGUCUCCAAUUUAAUUCCAUAUAAACUAGAUGAAGGCAAACGUAUGAGAAUACUGGUUAAUAUUUUCCUGAAUACGAACAACUAUGGUGUGAAAGCUUUGGAGCAGAUUUUGAUGAAGCAGUCAUUUCAACGACGACUUUUACGUAACUUGGUAAAAUUGAUUGAACAAAGUGUUGAGCCACAAAAGGGGAAAACAAUCGAUGAUGUUAUUAGAGCUAUCGUUGAGUGUAGUUCUGAACCAGCAAAGUUUUCUCUCCUUUUCAGGCAGUUUAUGACACAUCUGACAAAUGACAAACAGAUAUUAUUGUCGUUGAAGUAUAUUACGGAAAAAGAAUAUACUUGCCAAAAAGUUGAGUCAGCUAUUCUGGAAAUUUUACAGCGUUUGAGAGAUCAUAAAGUUUCUGCGGAAUGUUUGGAUGCAGUAAGAUCUUUGUUUGAAUGCUGUUCACCGCUUCAGUUUGAUGGAACCGCAGUGUCAGUGUUGCUUGAUAUAGUAAUCACGUUAAUUAAAGACAGCAGCGGUAUUAAUCAGUCCAGUCAUUACUACAAAUUAAUUAAGCUUCUGAAGAUAGUUGCAAAUGCGUAUCCACAUUGCUUUGUGAAUGAGUCUACGUUUGAAAGUCUAGUAGAAUUGAUCGAGAUUGAAAAUUUUUCUGAGACAGAAAAUUUGCUGGGGCUGGUAAUUGCGAUUUCUACUGAAAUUAGACAGCAUGAACUCUUAGCUGAAGAUAUGAUUGAGAAAUAUGUGAAGUAUUGCGAAUAUAUCAGUUUGAAUGGCACUCCGCGUGCUGCGAAGUAUGCUGUGCGCUGUAUUUCAAGGUUAUUAAACAUUGAGCAAGCUCGAACGAAGCUCGGAAUUAUAUUUCAGGAUUCUUUAUCGCAUAUUUCGGCAUCUAAUCCACAGUGCUGUACAGCACUCAAAGCACUGGGCUCUUGUGUAGAAGUCGAUGCUGCGCAGUUUUGCAAUGAACUUCUUGAAAUACUUAAAACGAAAAUAAUGGAUUUAUUGCUUGACCGAAGUAGUGAUAACACAAUUUUUAGUCAAGAGAACAAUGCUGAUAAUUGUUGUGAUGAAAUUUAUGUAGAGAUCAAGAAACACUGUCUGAAAUUUGUCGCCAAUUUUUUGGUAUCCGUAGCGCAGUUUUCGGAAUGUGAUGUUGAACCAGUAGCCAAAAACCUUCUGAAACUGUACUCCACUUUGUUGGAAACAAAAGGCGAUAUCUUUGAAAAACCAUGUAGUCGAGCUCAUAUGGCUGAAUUUCGCAUACUGGCAGGAAGUUCAAUGUUAAAACUUGCAACAAAACCACGAUACGCUAAAUUUGUUACCGCUGAUGAUUUAGUCAUGCUCUCUGCACUUGGUUAUGAUGAAGAAUUUGAAAUGCGACACCGAUUUUUUGGUAAACUUAACAAACACUUGAUGGCUCUUCAGCUACACGUUGAAUACUUGGGGCUGUUUGCACUUGUUAGUUUAUAUGAUGAUGUCGAUUUCCAAAAUAAGAUGCGUGUUUUGGUAGAUGCGAAUAUAACAAAAAGACGAAAAUACAUGGAAAGAUCAAAAAUGAAAGAUUUCGCACCAUAUUAUCAGCCUGAAUAUUGCCUUGCAUACGCAAUUUACAUACUUGCAAAGCUUCCAUCAUUUGAGUCGAUUAAAUGUGAACCUGAAUUACGGCGGUUAACUGAAUCUAUCUGGUUCUUGUUGGGAAUUUUCAGUGCUAGAAAAGAACCGGGCAGUUUGGAAUUUAUCUAUAACAUAUUCCAGACAGUAAAGAACAGCACAGAUUCAAAAUUGGAGAGCUGUUCAAGGGAGGAGCUGCAACAAAAAAAUGAGAAAAUAUGGGCAUUGUGUGAUAUUGGGAUGUUGUUAAUGUCUUACCGUGUGAAAAUUUUAAUGAAAGACAUUCAAUUUAAACCACUAUUGAGUAAAAGAUUCUUUUUGAAUAUGGGGAAAGCUAAUACCAAAGUAUACCUGCCAGCAUCAUUUGUCAAAGAAAUGAAAACAUAUAAGGCAAACACAAAGCAUCAGAAAACUGAUACGACGAAAGCAGCGACUAAGUCACUUGUACGACAUUCUUUAACAAAUAAUUCAAAGCAUUCUACAAGGGUAUCCAGUGUCCUGAAAGUUGGUAGUAAAAGAGCAGUUAGUAAGAAACAAAGUAAUCGAAAUCGUAAGGCUAAGGUGAAUGAUUUUCCUCUCAGUAAUGAAACUGAUGAAAUUGUCAUUAAACAUCCAAAGCUUGUUUCUGAAGAAGGAAAGCCACAGCAGGCUUCAUCACCUUUGAAAACGUUGGUGAGAGAGAGAGAGAAAAUGGAGAAACCAGUUACACUGAAAAGCUUGAAUAAUGAGAGCAAACCUGGAACAUCGGAAGCAAAUCCCAGUAACAAGGAUGGUCAACAUAUUCGCGGUUCAUUAGAAGAUUGCGACUACUCACCAAUUCGUCCAGUUUACGUGGAAACUGCUGUUACUCGUCAGCUGCCAUUUACAAGUUCAACACCUAUCGUCGCAACCAAGAAACGUCGAACAAUCGUGACCGACGGUGAAAAUAAUGACGUUGUACAUAAGGACCAGAAUGAUACUAAAGUUGUGACAACAAAGAAAUUGAGGAAAGUGGGCGAAGGAAAUGGCGAUAAAUAUGGUAAUACAAAAAAGUUGAGCAGUGCUCGAAGUUUGAAGAGAUUAGAUGAAAAAGCCCGAGCAGAAAUAGUGCCAGACACGAGUAGCAUAGCAACACGAUUACGUUCACGACAACCAGCAAUUUCAUUUCCUGUUCAACGUCCAGAUGUGGAAUCAUCGAACAAGUAG